AUGCGUUCAAGCGUGGCGCGCGUGGCGCGGUCGCGAUCGCGCCGGGCGACGCGCGCCUCGAGCUGCAAGCGAUGCUGCGCGACGUGCUUGUGCAAAGCAAGUCGGCGGCGGCGGCGGCGUCAGCCGCCAAGGCAGAGGCGGAGGCAGCGAAGACGCAAGCGCAAGCGCUCGCCCCGGACAUUGUCUCCCUCACGCCGCUCGCGACACAUCUCGCCGAGCUCGACUACAAAGUCGCGGCGGGCGCAGCGGGCCAGCGCAAGAUCCUGGCUGGGAUCGAUGCGCUGCGCGAGACGCAGCGCGCCGAGCUGCUUACGCUGCAAGGGGAGGUGCGGGACCAGCUUGUAGAGACCGCGAAGAUGGUGGGCGCGGGGCACGAGCAGAUGCGCCAGCGCCAAGAGGCGGCCGCCGCGGUGAGCGAGGGCGUAGCAAAUAACGUCAAGCGUGUGCUUGAGAUGUUGGAGAGGGCCGAGAAGCGAGAGGCCGCUGCGGCGGCGGCGAAGGAGGAUGCCGCCAACGCCGAGGCCAAGCCCGCGCCGGAACCCGAGCCCGAGCCCGACGCCACCGUCAUGGACGUGAACGUCGACGACUCGGUCGCGCAGAUAGCGGCCACGCCGCCCGAUGUGCACGCCGACACACGUGCGGCGAUCGACGAGAUGAUCGCAGAAGUCAAAGCGGCGGAGCCGCAGCUCGCCGAGCGCCUCGGCGCCGCCUCCGCCGAGUGGAUGAUGGUCCAGGCCGUCAAGGCUGCCGAGCCGUACCUCUCCGACGGAGCCGGCAGUGCGGCCGCCAAGCUCCUGCGCGCCGUGAAGGCCGCGGAGCCGUUCGCGUCGCGGCGCAUCGCCGCCGCUAACGCCAUGUGGAACAUUGUGCUUACUGUCAAAGAGGCGGAGCCGCGCGUUGAGCGCAAGGCGAUCCAUCCCGCCGAGUACGAGAUUCUGCGCGCCGUCAAGGCCGCCGAGCCGUAUCUCGUGCAGGACCUCGAUAUGGGCGGGACCGCGAGCAAGCUCUUGCGCGCCGUCAAGGGCGCCGAGCCACGCCGGCCGCGCUUCGGCGCCGAGCGCGCCGCCGCCCAGAUGCUCAAGACGGCCAAGUGGUCUGAACCCGUGCUGCGGCGGCCCCCGGGCGAGGCGAGCGCGGGCGCGGGCGCAAGUCCGGCUCAGACUAAAGACGCGCACGCGUCGACGUCAAGCCUUGCGCCCUCCGAGGCCACGCCCAACGCGCCCAACGCGCGGGCGCGCCGCCCCUCCACCCAGCCCGUGCGCAACCUCGGCGUGACCGACUCCGGCGAGUGGCACUUCACGCUGCUCGCGCCGCUGGAGCGGACGGACGCGAGGGACGGGCUGCAGAUCCAGUCGUGCGAGAUCAUGCUCUCGCGCGAGGCGCACCGCUCGUGGGCCGGCGACCUCUUUUCCCUCUGGCAUGCAUCGCACGAGACGUGCUGGACCGUCGGGCCGUUCACAACCGCGCUGCUGCUCAACCCCGACGUGGACAUGGUCGUGCUCGACGGCGGGUGGUGGCGCGUCUCGCGCGACGGCGACGUGUACACUGUGCGCGAGAGGGUGGCGGAGGAUGCGUGACAAAGUGGCAGGGCGGGAGUGGGCGUGAGUGGGCGUGAGUGGGGACGGAGAAGAAGAAGAUAAAUACAUGUUGCCACUCUAUGAAUGCUUGUCGAGUC